AUGUCUUUUAAUCUGUGCUGCGGGCUGGCACUACGAGCCGUGGCCAAGCGAUUCUCAAAUACCGUGCCCAAGACCUCCCGGCCUCUUAUCAAAGGCAACUUCACCAAUCAAUUGCCAAAUACCACGACGCUUCGAUACUCAUCCACAACCAGGAAUGCUACCAGGGAAAUUGUGAGCCAGAUGCUACAGUCUAUUGGAUCUAAAAGAGAGGCCCAGCAAUAUCUUCAGCUUUUCACUUCUGCCCAGACCUUUUGUGUGCUGAAAGUAGGUGGUGCUAUUCUAUCCGAGCACCUUGACCAGUUAGGAUCACAGCUUGCUUUUCUUUUCGAGCUGGGGCUCCUACCCGUAAUUGUACAUGGGGCAGGUCCACAGUUGAACCGCUUGCUCGAGGAGGCCAACGUGACGCCUUCUUUUUCGGAGGGCAUACGUAUUACCGAUACGAAGACUCUCAACAUUGCCCGCAAGCUAUUCCUCGAGGAGAACCUCAAGCUUACCGAUAAGCUUGACCAGCUUGGCGUCAGAACGAGAUCCCUCAGUGGCGUCUUUGUGGCAGACUUUCUCGAUAAGGAGAAAUGGGGCUACGUUGGCAAAAUAAAAACAAUUAACCUUGAUGCGGAUGUCGCUAUUAUUCACCCAAGCGAUCUUCAUAAGGAGCUUUUCACCGACUCUGGUGCUGGUACCUUAAUCCGACGAGGGGAUGCUAUUCAAAAGGCAUCCUCCUUGUCUGAAUUUCAGGAUCUUGACAAGAUUAAGAAAGCUCUUCUUGAAAGCCAGAAUAACCUUGAUACUGAGGCUACAGAUGCUUCGGCUGUAGUCGAUCGCUUUCUGGAGUUUCUGAAGGUGAACCCGUUUACUGCUUAUUACGACGAGAAUAUGUCAGGUUUAGCUAUUAUUCUUCCGCCUUCGGCAGAUAAGCCCAUGGCUACUAUCGCUUCCCUCACCAUUACCAAGUUUGGAUGGCUGAGUAAUUUGGCUGAGAAUAUGUGGUCAGCCAUAAAAACGGACAACCCCUCCUUAUGUUGGAGGGUUUCAGAAGAGGAUGAGAAUCUCGUCUGGUUCUUCGAGAAAGCUGAUGCGAGUUUCAAGCACAACGGUGGCGUCCUCUUCUAUUAUGGCUCCGACUUUGAUGCGGAUGUUCUAGAUUCCUUUUCGACGACUCUACCUGCUAUCCAUACGCUACGAUAG